AGACUAGCAGGCUGCAGCGGGGUAUGGGAUAAGCACCUGGCAUAGGCAGCAGCCACUAGGCCUCCGUGAAAACGAAUAUUCAGCCUUUCAGGGCUGUCUGCAUCGCUUUACUGCAUCCACGGUUGUACUACGCGGGGCUCCUUUCAUCCAGUGGUUCAAGGCCAAGGUAAUCUUAUCGACCCACCAACAACCGGUUGGCUACGAUGACGCCAUACCUUGCUGGACGUUAUAAGCCGGUGGUUAGUUCAAUUAUCAACCUUAACGAACAGACUGCCUCUGGAUCACCUCAAAAGCUGUCACAAUGACCGACUUGAAUUUCCAUACCGAGGCGAUGACGGUCGUCAAGCGAUGGGGCGAUCGCAUUCAUGGAAAGACAGUGGUCAUCACUGGAACAAGUGAAGGCGGCCUCGGAGCGACAACAGCACUCGCACUUGCACACGCCCAACCCUCGAAAAUAUUCCUCCUCGCGCGCAACGAACGCAAGGUCAGCAAUGUCAUCAAGGAGAUCAAAGAAAUCAGCCCAUCAACGCAGGUCCCUUUCGUCAGCAUCGAGCUCGACGACUUUGACUCCGUGCGAAAAGCCGCAGCGACUAUACUCGCUCUGACGGACACGAUAGAUGUGCUCAUCAACAACGCCGGCGUAAUGGCCAUUCCCUGGGAAAAGAACAAGGAUGGAAUCGAAAAGACCCUGGCCAUCAACCAUCUCGGCCAUUUCCUUCUCACCAAGCGGCUCUUCCCUGCCAUUAUAGCGGCCGGGCCGGGAUCUCGUGUUGUCAAUCUGACCAGUGCUGGGUAUAAAAUGGGCCCGUUUAGGUUCGAUGACUGGAAUUUCUCGGACGGGCGAGAAUACAACCCUUUCGCAUCUUACGCGCAAUCAAAGACCGCCAAUAUUUUGUUUACGGUUGCGCUGGCCAAGCGAGCAAAAGACCAUGGCGUCCUUGCCUUUGCGGUUCACCCAGGAUACAUUCCCGACACAUCGCUCACAAAGCACAUGGCUUCUGUUGAUGCUGACGAGAUGAAUCGAGUCUCGCUAGAAAAUACUGGCGGCAAGUUCGCCCCCGAUGAGCCCAAGUCGCUGCAGCAGGGGGCGGCAACUUCAAUUGUUGCGGCGUUGUCGCCGGAUCUCGCCUCUCACAGCGGGGCGUAUCUGGCAGAUUGUCAGAUUGAGGAGGUCAGGGGGUAUGCCAACGAUUCAAAGCUGGCGGGGAAACUUUGGGAGAUUAGUGAGAAACUUGUCGGGGAGAGCUUUGGCAUAUAGUAGACGCGACUCUAAGUCUUCUCCGACCGCGAACUAGAAACGGAUGAUAUAGUGCUAAAUCCAUGACACAUAUUGUCUAUUCCACAGCUUCUUUACUCAGGGUUACUCCAUAUUCAAGCAACAAAUCCACAAGAUCCUGCCGAUUGUCC